GUGUCAAUAAAGAACUGAUAAAUUAUUUCAACUGGAAUAUUAUUUUCUUAUUGUUGUCAAUAUUUUUGUCGCCGUGACGCUGUGUGUUACUACAGUAUAAUAUUGCCAAUAAUAAAAAUCCACUUGGUUAUUAUUUUGGCUUCGAACUCGCUUAGUCGCUUAGUGACGAAUUGAUUGUUCUAAUAACUUUGACGUAUUUACGUCCUAAGUCUAGUUCGAUAUUUUUAUAAUUCUAUUAGCCAAAAGACAUUGUCGGUGUCUUAUGCAAAAGAAAAAUCGGAAUUCAUUUCACGACGAUCAGUAGUGGCUUGUAUACAUAUUUCCAAAUUUUUGGACUAUCUGUAAAAUGAGACACGUAUACCCACAUUCCAUGUCAAAUAAUUCAGAAAGCAGAAGUCAAAAUAUGAGUUCACCGUCAGUUGAAACAGACUCUGAUGCUACUGAUAGUGAUACUGCUGAUUCAUAUCAAGUUGUUUCAAGUACUACUGACGAUCUAUUGGUAAAAAGUAAAGAUGCUUUAAAUUCUUCCGAAGUGUCUAUUUCGUCUACUGACGACAGCAGUGUUAAUAUAUCAAAUGGGGCGAUAACAGUUGACCGUAAAUCCAGAUCCAGAUCCAGAUCUCGGUCUUCUAAUGCCUCAUCACGUUCUCGGUCAGGUUCUUCUUUACGUUCAGCUUCUGGAUCUGGUACUAGGAAUAGAUCUAAAUCAAAGUCUGUAUCUCAAUCAAGAGAUAUGUUGCAAACUCAAUCAAGAUCAAAGUCUCGUUCAAGAUCUAAAUCUAGAUCAUCUUCAGUAUCGUCAGUGGAAUCUCAUUCUUCUUUUAAAAAAAGUAAAAUAAAACGUAAAAUUGUAUCUGAUUCUGAAGAUGACGACCUUCCAAUUAAAAAAGAGGAUGAUUCUGAUGAUGGCCAAGAACCAGAGGAUAAAAUAGUUAAAAAAAAAGUAUUUAAAAAGGUUAAAAUUAUGUCAGAUACGGAAUCUGAAGAAGAAGAAGAAGAAGAAGAAGAUGAUGAUGCUAAAAAUAUACCCGUUACGAGUCCGAUUGUUCGUAAGGAGCACGCUAUAUCUGAUGAUGAAAAUACAGAAAAGGUAUUGAAUGUAUCCGAUGUGUUGCCAGAAUUAUCGGAUGAUUCUGAUAAUGAAGAUGAUCCAAGUGCAGAAAUUGGUACAAGUACUAGCAAAAGUACUGCCAAUAAUGAAAAUGUAGAUGACCCUGAUGAUCCCGAUGAACGUGAUAACCAUAAUAGUGAUAAUAAUCCGGCAUCAGAUUUUGAGAUUAUGAUGAUGCGAAAAAAAGAAGAACAAACAAUGAAACGUCGUAGGAAGGAUAUAGAUAUUAUUAAUGACAAUGAUGAUAUUAUUGCUGGAUUGAUUGGAGAUAUGAAACAUGCAGCUGAAUGUGAUCGACAAUUAAACAAAGAAGGAAAACCUGCUGUUAACAAAAUAACUAUGCUACCAAAAUGCCUAUCACAAUUAAAGAAACACAAUUUGAUGUUGGCCUUUAUUGAGCACAAUGUAUUAAAUGUUUUCACUGAUUGGUUAGCACCUAUGCCUGACAGAAGUUUACCUUCAUUGCAAGUUCGCGAGUCGUUGAUAAAACUUUUAGCUGAUUAUCCUCCAAUUGAACAAUCCACACUCAAGUAUUCUGGAAUUGGUAAAGCUAUCAUGUAUUUGUAUAGACACCCCAAAGAAACUAAAGACAAUCGAGAACGUGCUGGUCGUCUAAUAAAUGAAUGGGCGCGCCCGAUUUUCAAUUUAUCAACAGACUUUAAAGCAAUGUCCAAAGAAGAAAGAGAAGAAAGAGAUCUGGAACAAAUGCCUAGGCGGAAGCGUUCGAGUGUAGAUGAUAACAAACACGAUGACGAUGAUGAUGACGACGAUGAAGGUCCAAGAACAUUAAAACCAGGAGACAAAGGUUGGAUAGCCAGAGCCCGUGUACCUACUCCAUCUAAUAAAGAUUAUGUGGUUAGACCAAAGUCAAUGACAGAUGCUGAUAUUUCAAGGGCUGUAAAGCGACCAAUGAACCGUUUUGAAAAGCACUUAAAAAAUUAUAUGGAUAGCAAGAGAAAUAAUCAAUCUAAGCGUGCAGUUCCGAUAUCAAUAGAAGGAAGAAAAAUGGGGUUGUAAAUAUUUUUUAAAUUUUUACUAUGCUGGUUUUUAAAUCAAUGUAAAAACUGUGUUUAAUAAUUAGAAUAUUUUCAUUGAUUUAGUACUUAAUACAAUAUGUUUUAUUAAUCAUAAAACAAAUAUUACGUUUAAGUACUUAAAUUAGUUAACAUUUGUAUAAGUUUUAUUUUAAUUAUGUUGUAAAAUCAAUUACAUUUAAAAUGUUAAUAUAUUUAAGUUUCUAAGAUAAUAGCAGUUUGUAAUUAUAAUUUUUGCAUUAAGUUAAUCAUCCAAUAUCAAUACUGUUAAGAAAAAAAAAUAGAUUUAAUGGUAGUUGAACAAAAUAAAACAUCAAGCAUAAAAGUAUCUUUAAA